UGAGAUACUGGAGCAGCAGGCAUCGGAUUUCUUUACCUGAGAAGGGAGACAGAGGCCAGCAUGCACAGCCUUCCUCUGCUGCUGCUGCUGCUCUGGAGCGUGGGGUCUCAUGGCUUCCCAGCAGUGACUUCAAAAAUGCAAGAAGAUGAUGUGGAGAUGGUCCAGAAAUACCUGGAGAACUACUACAACCUGAAGAGUAAUGGGGAACAAAUUGAAAGACAGAGAAAGAGUAGCCUUGUGGUUGAAAAACUGAAGGAAAUGCAGAAAUUCUUUGGGCUGAAAGUCACUGGGAAGCCGGAUGCUGAGACCCGGAAAGUGAUGAAGCAGGCCAGAUGCGGGGUGCCAGAUGUGGCUCCGUUUGUCCUCACUGAGGGGAACCCUCGGUGGGAGAGCACGCACCUGACCUACAGGAUCGAAAAUUACACACCAGAUUUGCCGAGAGCAGAUGUGGACCACGCCAUCGAGAAAGCUUUUCAACUCUGGAGUAGGGUCUCACCCCUGACUUUCACCAAGAUCUCUGAGGGUCAAGCAGACAUAAUGAUAUCCUUUGUCAGGGGAGAUCAUGGAGACAAUUCUCCCUUUUAUGGAUCGGGAGGAAACCUCGCUCAUGCUUUUCAACCAGGCCCACAUUUAGGAGGGGAUGUUCAUUUUGAUGAAGAUGAAACGUGGACCAGUGAUUUCAGAGAUUACAACCUGUACCGUGUGGCUGCCCAUGAACUGGGCCACUCCCUUGGACUCUCUCAUUCUAAUGAUAUUGGGGCUUUGAUGUACCCCAGCUACAUCUUCAGCGGUGACGUUCAGCUCUCUCAGGAUGACAUCAAUGGUAUCCAGGCCAUAUACGGACCCUCCGAAAACCCUGUCCAGCCAGUGGGCCCACAGACCCCACAGGUGUGUGAUAGUAAGCUAACCUUUGAUGCUGUGACUACGAUUCGGGGAGAGGUGAUGUUCUUCAAAGACAAGUUCUACAUGCGCAUUAAUUCUUACUACCCGGAACCUGAGCUCAAUUUUAUCACUGUUUUCUGGCCAAAUCUGCCAAGUGGACUUGAAGCUGCUUAUGAGGUUGCUGAUAGAGAUGAAGUCCGGUUUUUCAAAGGUCAUAAGUACUGGGCUGUUCAGGGGCAGGAAGUGCUGGCCGGAUACCCCAAGGACAUCUACAGAUCCUUUGGCUUCCCCCAAAGUGUGAAGAAUAUUGACGCUGCUGUUUUUGAGGAAGCUACUAGAAAAACAUACUUCUUUGUUGCUGACAAAUACUGGAGGUAUGAUGAAUACAAACGGUCCAUGGAUGCAGGUUAUCCCAAAAUGAUAUCAGCUGAGUUUCCUGGAAUUGGCAAAAAAAUUGAUGCUGUUUUCCAGAAAAAUGGAUUUCUCUACUUCUUCCAUGGAACAAGGCAAUACAAGUUUGAUCCUAAAACAAAGAGAAUUUUGACUCUCCAGAAAGCUAAUAGCUGGUUCAACUGUAGACAAAAUUGACCAACUGCUUCUAUGUUGAACAGAAAAUUUUAUUUUGAGAGCCCAAGGAAGGUAUUUUCAUGAAGAACCAAAAUGUUUU